CCUCUCCGGGAAGACUGGGUCCGUUAUGGCCGUGAGAGCGUGGCUCUUCGAGUGCCUGCCAUGAGAAGAGCCCGGGCUUCCCCUGCAAUAGAAUGCUCCUUCUCAGUGAGUAGGUACUUUCCUGGAAGGACUGGUGAGCAUCCGACAGACAACAAGGAAGAUGUCAGAGUUUUCCAUUUAGAGCAACAACUUCAAGUUCUUACCAUGGACAAAUCAGAGAAAACUGAAGUGGUUCUUCUUGCUUGUGGUUCAUUYAAUCCAAUCACCAACAUGCACCUCAGAUUAUUUGAGCUGGCCAAGGACUACCUGAAUGGAACAGUCCCAGCACUAGUUCACAACCAGCCUGAGCGCACAGCAAGACUGCCUCAAAACAAACACAAAGCAGGUAAGGUGCUGAGACACCAUCAAGAGAAGCUAGARGCUGGCAACUGUGACCACAGGCAGAACUCACCUGUGGUUGAAAGGUCUGGACGGAAGAGGAAGUGCUUGGAAGAAAGACAGGAUUCUAGUCAGAAGAAAUCCCUAGAGCCCAAAACAAAAGGUGUGCCAGAGGUGAAGUUGCUGUGUGGGGCAGAUUUACUAGAGUCCUUCGGUGUGCCCAAUUUGUGGAAGAGUGAGGACAUCACCCGAAUCGUGGCAGACUAUGGGCUCAUAUGUGUCACUCGGGAUGGAAGUGAUGCUCAGAAAUUCAUCUAUGAGUCCGAUGUGCUGUGGAAACACCAGAGCAACAUUCACCUGGUGAACGAGUGGAUCCACAACGACAUCUCGUCCACAAAGAUCCGGAGAGCCCUCCGAAGGGGCCAGAGCAUUCGCUACUUGGUACCAGAUCUGGUCCAAGAAUACAUUGAGAAGCAUGAUUUGUACAGCUCUGAGAGCGAAGACAGGAAUGUUGGGGUUGUCCUGGCUCCCUUGCAGAGAAACACUGCAGAGGCGAAGUCAUAGAAAUGCUACAGCUUGACAGUUUGGAUCACUCUUCUGGAGAUUUUAAACAAUCUGGUGUUGUAACUCAGGAAAGAAAUCUUUAUCUUUCAUAAACAAAAUUUUAAAAAUYUGAUAAAAGUCAGUUGGAAAUUAAAAUAAGAUUUAUGUUUUCUUUUUAUCAGAGUGGCUGAGAUGAAUGUUUUUAAUAAGGCCUUAAAAAAAAGAAUUUACAAAUCACUUUAUUUUUAAGAGACUAGUAGUUCACUAAAACCUGAAAAAAUAUUAAUGAAACUAAUUCCAAGUAAGUACCACACAAGAGAAAACAAAGUGUGAAAAGCAAAUGUCCACUCCAGAUUCUGAUUCUAGCCGGGUACUGCUUAAGAGGCUGAGGCAGGAGGAUCACUUGAGCCCAGAGUUCAAGACCAACCUGGCAACACAGCCAGAUCCUGACUCAAAACAAAACAGAAUCAACCCCCACCAAGCCUAACUUUAGUUAUGAAAGGAACUGACAUUUUAUAUAUGCCUAUUGUAGGGCUCUCCACCAAGAUGGACAAGGGAAGGAAUUCUUCAUCUUAUUUGAAUUUUUUUUUUUAAUUACUGGGAAUUUAACCCAGGAGCCCUCUACCACUGAGCUACAC